UCACACGUAGCUUGUCCAGGAAGGUUGAGCUUAUUUCAAUGCACGUAGCUCGUCCGCUACCCGUUUCUCAUGUUGACCACAUCUCAGUGGUGAUAUUAUGGUUAUUCUUGGUGCUGACGGUCGCCAAUCACUCCGAAUGGCAGUCACUUUCUUUUUGAAGACUAGCAUCAUUUUAGUAUUUCUAAGCCAAAGGACAGAGGCCACUCGGCUGUACACUGAGGAAGAUCCGGUGGUGAUUCUGACCAGUUCUACACUAAAACAGACCGUCCAGAACUCGUCCACCGCCUGGCUAGUCCAGUUUUAUUCAUCAUGGUGCGGACACUGUAUCCAGUACUCGCCCACAUGGAAAGCACUGGCUGGGGACGUGCAAGACUGGGAGCUGGCCGUCAGGAUUGGUGUUCUGGACUGCGCUCACGAAGACAACUUUGACGUCUGCAAGGAGUUUGGCAUCCACUUCUACCCCACCUUCAGAUACUUCAAAGCACACAGCCUCGCGCAGGACUUUGGAAAGACCUACAGAGGGGCUGACCGGGAGCUGCAGACGGUACGUCAUCUGAUGGUGAACGUCCUCCAGAACCACACCAAGCUGGACCGGCCCGACCGUUGCCCUCCUCUGGACCCAGUCAGCUCGGCGGACAUCUUGCCUCUGCUGGGUCAGAAGUCAGACCGGUACACAGCCGUCAUUGUAGAGAACCAGGACUCCUAUGUUGGAAGAGAGGUGAUUCUGGACCUGAUGCCGUACCAGGGUGUGACUGUGCAGAGAGCGCUGAGCUCAGACAGUAAGCUGGUGGAGAGACUGAGUCUGGACUCCUUCCCCUCCGCCUACCUCCUCCACCCUAACGGCACACACACUCUCCUGGAUGUACGGAAAAGGCUGCGGUUCUUCUUCUCCUCCUUCCUGAGGCUGUUGCCGGGAGUCCUGAGGCAGAGCAGCACCCUCCAGGGCCAGGGCCUGGUACUGCAGGGGGCUGGAGGCCAGGACACAGACCAGAAAUGGAGAGACUUUGACAACUCCAAGGUGUACAUGGCCGACCUGGAGUCAGGCCUCCACUACCUGCUGAGAGUGGAGCUAGCUACCCACCUCACCCUGGAGGGGGAAGAGCUAAGCACCUUCAAAGACUUUGUCACUGUGGUCGCCAAGCUGUUUCCCGGGCGCCAGUGUGUGGUGAAGCUGUUGGAGACCCUACUGGAGUGGCUGGUCAGUCUGCCUCUGGAGAAGAUCCCCUACGACGCCAUCCUGGACCUGGUCAACAACAAGAUGAGGAUCUCGGGGCUGUUCCUGGGGGAGCAGCUGCAGUGGGUGGGCUGCCAGGGCAGCCGGGCGGGGCUGCGGGGUUACCCAUGCUCCCUCUGGACUCUGUUCCAUGUGCUCACCGUGCAGGCAGCAUCACGGCCCGACGCCCUCGCCAACACUGGCCUGGAGGAGAACCCCAGAGCGGUGCUCCAGACCAUGAGGAGGUACAUCGUCCGGUUCUUCGGCUGCCAGGAGUGCGGCCAGCACUUUGACCACAUGGCCAAGGAGUCCCUGGACCAGGUGCAGACUGGAGACCAGGCUGUGCUGUGGCUCUGGAGCAAGCACAACCUGGUGAACAACAGACUGGCAGGUUCGAUGAGUGAAGACCCCCAGUUCCCCAAGACCCCGUGGCCCAGCCCCGCGCUGUGUCCGUCCUGCCACGAGGAGCGCAGUGGCCUACACGUGUGGAGCGAGGAGCAGGUCCUAGCCUUCCUCAAACGCCACUACGGCCCCGACAACAUCUCCCCCCAGUACACCGUCAGCGCCCAGCGCCCCCGAGAACCCCGCCCCGACCCCCACCCUGACCCCCAUCUCGACCCCGACCCUGCCCAGGACGCUGACCAACCCCCCGAGCCGGUCCAGGAGAAGGCCCAUCAGGAGAAGACCCCAGCCCCGCAGGCCUCCUUAUCCCAGGCCCAGGCCCGGGGCGGUGGAGGUGGGGCUGGCGCGGAGCGGGUGGAGGCAGGGUCUGGGGGCGGGGGGAUCCUCAGCCUGGGGUUCUCCAGCGUGGACAUGAGUCUGUGCGUGCUGCUCUACGCCUGCUCCUGCGUCUUCCUCAUGCUCAUGUUCUUCUUCUUCCGCGUGCGCUCCAAACGCUGGAAGGUGCGCUACAACCGUCCCCAUGUGUAGCAGCGCCCCCACCCUCCUCUGGACGUUGAGGUGGAGAGCAGGGCUGGUCAGUGUCUGCUGGAGCCAGCUGACCUACAGGGAACGUGGACUCGGUCUCUCCCCCUUUUUCACCAAGACGGUUUAAUCACGUUUAUUUAUUUGUUUUUAUGUCGAUAAUGUUGUUGAUAUUUACUGUGAACUAUCCUUCAUCUUGACGUAUUGUUUGCCAAUUGAGAAACAGGAAGUGAUGUCAUGGAACACCGGAAGGAAGCAGAGGAAACUGUCUGGAGCAAAGUGAUAACAAAAAUAUUCCAUCACGAGAACGGCUGUGGAGUGGAAUCUGUGUUUUUAAUUUAUUUUUUGAACUGAGGUACAAUGUUUGUAUUGGGCUACCUGAUUAGAGUAGGCCCUUCUGGUAAGAGAAAGGAUAAUCCUCCGGAGCCUUUAAAUGUCAACUUCAACUAGUUUCCACACAGUCCAGUCCACCCAUGGUCCUGAAACAGAAACUCAGUUGAUGGCUAAGUUCAAUAACCGUCACGUAGAAGUCGACCGCCACAAACAUGUAUUCACAUUGAGACCUUCACGUUUUGUAUGUACUGUGUAUAUUGCAGGCUGUCACUGGUGGGAAGCACACAUGUCCAGUGCUGUGGUUUGAUAAUCCAAACAUCUCAGUUCUGAGUAAUGUCCUUAAUGGUAUUUCAGUUUCUUUGGAACUUCAAACUUUUGUAAUGCAUUAUUGUAUUGAUAUCGUGUGGAUAACUCUUAACCUGCCUACUUGAAGAAAAAUGCCUGGAUCCAGAUGUGUUGUGUGUUAGGAGAUCUGAGUCAGACAUUUUCCGUCCCCGCCGAACUGCUCUCUGCCUGAGGUCUGGAGCUCAGGAUCGUCUUUGUAACGUCGCCUCUCCAGGUCUGCUGCGACUGGAAGUUAUCCAGCCUGUAUAUAUGUGAAUAUCACGUGUGAUGAUUCCGUCGGGUAUUUUUCAGCGGCUGGUUUUGUAACGCAAAGUGACGGGGACAGGAUGAGAAUGUCUGUUCUCAUCACCUCGACGGUUCUGUUGAAGAGGUGAUAGACACGCCGCACAAACGUUUUUGGCACAUGUUCCCCCCCCGCGCAGAGCUACGGAUCUACUGAUGGUGAAAUUAAGUUGGAGCGUGUUAUGGUUUUUAUUCCUCCACUGAUUUUCAUGUGAUGACCUCCAAGUGCUUUGUUAAACCCCCCGGCUCAAAGUGGUGGUGUGAUGACAGAGUGUGUGAGUGUUGUGUCGUUUGCGUAAGAAAGACUUCAGGUUCUGUCUGCUGUGUCCUGCUAAAUGAACCAUGCGCUCUCGCUCUCUCUCUCUCCAGCUCUUUUCAGAUGUAUUUUCAUGCUGGAUUAAAUAUUUUAAACGUU